CUUCUCCCGUUGCCUUGUGGGAUUCCUGGGCGGGACCUUCGCUUGGUUUUUAAAGCCAGGUGUUUUGGGGGCUGGUCUCUAAGGCACAAAUCUUAAAAAGUUGGGGUGCCAGAUAUGGGGUUCAAACCCUUCACUCCUCAGGGAGAAGCUCCAGGUCUGAGUUCCCUCCCAACUCUGGGCUCUGCAGCACCGGAGGUAGGGUUCAUGGCAGAGUUGCAACCCAGGCCCUCCUACCCGCUUUCGUGUGGGCCUUCCCUGCUUCUGCCUGAUGUGUAGGAGUUGUUAGACAGUUUUUAGAGUUUUUUUGGGGGGGGGGGGGAGAGGGGAGAGGAAGUUGUUUCCCGUAUAGCAGCAGAGUCAUGUGAGGCAGGGAGUCCAUCUUCCUCCACGGGUGCCAUCUUGACGCCAUCGGCUCUUCACCACUGUAAUUUCCCUCUGGCUCCUCUCUCUGGUGGGAAGCCAAAACCAUGAACCAAGGUUGUGACGGCCAGCUGUGAGGCCUGGUGAAAAAUAAUCAAGUGCAAUAAUGUUCUGCAGUAAGAAGAAAUCACUUGAAGUGGAACGGAUAGUAAAAGCCAAUGACCGUGAAUAUAAUGAGAAGUUCCUGUACAAAGAUAAUCGUAUCCACACAUCCAAGUACAACAUUCUCACCUUCUUGCCGAUUAAUUUAUUUGAACAGUUCCAAAGAGUGGCAAAUGCAUAUUUCCUUUUCCUUCUGAUUUUGCAGCUGAUUCCAGAAAUUUCCUCCUUGACUUGGUUUACCACCAUUGUACCCUUGGUCCUAGUGGUAACUAUGACAGCUGUCAAAGAUGCCACAGAUGACUAUUUUCGCCACAAGAGUGAUAAUCAGGUGAAUAAUCGGCAAUCUGAAGUGCUCAUCGACAGCAAACUGCAGAAUGAAAAAUGGAUGAACGUCAAAGUGGGAGACAUCAUUAAAUUAGAAAAUAACCAAUUUGUUGCUGCUGAUCUCCUUCUCCUAUCAAGUAGUGAGCCACAUGGUCUCUGUUAUAUCGAAACUGCUGAGCUUGAUGGGGAAACAAACCUUAAAGUGCGCCACGCGCUCUCAGUUACCUCAGAACUUGGAGCAGAUAUUAGCAGACUUGCAAAGUUUGAUGGGAUUGUUGUGUGUGAGGCGCCUAACAACAAGUUAGAUAAAUUCACCGGAGUUCUCUCUUGGAAGGGCAGCAAGCACUCACUCAACAAUGAGAAGAUAAUCCUGAGGGGCUGUGUCCUGAGAAAUACCAGCUGGUGUUUUGGAAUGGUUAUUUUUGCAGGUCCUGACACUAAACUAAUGCAGAACAGUGGUAAGACAAAGUUUAAGAGGACAAGCAUUGAUAGACUGAUGAAUACUCUAGUACUAUGGAUUUUUGGAUUUCUGAUAUGCUUGGGAACUAUUCUUGCGAUUGGAAAUUCAAUCUGGGAGAAUCAAGUUGGGAACCAAUUCAGAACUUUCCUCUUUUGGAAUGAAAGAGAGAAGAACUCUGUGUUCUCAGGAUUCUUAACAUUCUGGUCAUAUAUUAUUAUCCUUAAUACAGUGGUACCCAUUUCAUUAUAUGUGAGUGUGGAAGUAAUUCGUCUGGGACACAGUUAUUUUAUAAACUGGGAUCGGAAGAUGUAUUACUCCAGGAAGGCAACACCUGCUGAAGCGCGAACGACCACUCUCAAUGAGGAACUAGGCCAGAUUGAAUAUGUUUUCUCUGACAAGACGGGUACCCUCACUCAAAACAUCAUGACUUUUAAAAAAUGUUCCAUUAAUGGGAGAAUCUAUGGUGAAGUGCAUGAUGACCUGGGUCAGAAGACUGACAUGACUAAGAAAAAAGAGACUGUGGGUUUCUCAGUCAGCCCUCAAGCAGAGAGAACAUUUCAGUUUUUUGACCACCAUUUGAUGGAAUCCAUUGAACUGGGUGAUCCCAAAGUGCACGAAUUCCUUAGGUUACUUGCACUCUGCCACACUGUAAUGUCAGAGGAAAAUAGUGCAGGAGAGCUGAUUUACCAAGUUCAGUCACCUGAUGAAGGAGCUCUAGUGACUGCUGCAAAAAAUUUGGGGUUCAUCUUUAAGUCUCGGACCCCAGAGACAAUAACAAUAGAAGAAUUGGGAACACUAGUUACUUAUCAAUUGCUUGCCUUUUUGGAUUUCAACAAUUUCCGAAAAAGGAUGUCUGUCAUAGUUCGAAACCCAGAAGGACAGAUAAAGCUUUAUUCCAAAGGAGCAGACACUAUUCUGUUUGAAAGACUUCAUCCAUCCAAUGAAGACCUUCUGACUUUGACUUCAGACCAUCUCAGUGAAUUUGCAGGAGAAGGCCUUCGAACCUUGGCCAUUGCAUACAGAGAUCUGGAUGACAAGUACUUCAGAGAGUGGCAUAAGAUGCUUGAAGAUGCAAAUACUACCACAGAUGAGAGGGAUGAACGGAUAGCAGGGCUGUAUGAAGAAAUUGAAAGGGAUUUGAUGCUACUAGGUGCCACUGCUGUAGAAGACAAGUUACAAGAUGGUGUGACUGAAACAGUUACAAGCUUAUCACUAGCCAAUAUUAAGAUCUGGGUCCUAACAGGAGACAAACAAGAAACUGCCAUUAAUAUUGGCUAUGCCUGCAACAUGCUGACUGAUGACAUGAAUGAUGUGUUCAUCAUAGCAGGGAACACAGCUGCGGAGGUCAGAGAAGAACUCAGGAAAGCAAAGAAAAAUUUGUUUGGACAAAACAGAAUUUUUUCCAAUGGACAUGUAGUUUUUGAAAAAAAGCAGUCGCUGGAGCUGGACUCAGUUGUAGAAGAAACCGUAACAGGGGAUUAUGCCUUAAUCAUAAAUGGCCACAGUUUGGCCCAUGCCCUAGAAAGUGAUGUCAAGAAUGAUCUUCUGGAACUUGCCUGCAUGUGUAAGACUGUGAUUUGCUGCCGAGUCACCCCUCUCCAGAAAGCCCAAGUAGUAGAGCUUGUGAAGAAGUACAGAAAUGCUGUCACUUUGGCCAUCGGCGAUGGAGCCAAUGAUGUCAGCAUGAUCAAAAGUGCUCACAUUGGCAUCGGCAUCAGUGGCCAGGAAGGACUGCAGGCAGUCCUAGCCAGCGACUACUCAUUUGCACAGUUCAGAUACCUCCAAAGGCUUCUCCUUGUUCAUGGAAGGUGGUCCUACGUCCGAAUGUGCAAAUUCUUAUGCUAUUUCUUCUAUAAGAAUUUUGCCUUCACACUUGUGCAUUUCUGGUUUGGUUUCUUCUGUGGUUUCUCAGCCCAGACUGUCUACGACCAGUGGUUCAUUACCCUUUUUAACAUUGUCUACACAUCGCUGCCUGUUUUAGCCAUGGGGAUUUUUGACCAGGAUGUUAGUGACCAGAAUAGCAUGGAUUAUCCCCAGCUCUACAGACCUGGGCAGCUGAAUCUACUUUUUAACAAGCAUGAGUUUUUCAUCUGUAUGGCACAUGGAAUCUACACCUCAUUAGCCCUUUUCUUCAUCCCUUAUGGGGCCUUUCACAACAUGGCUGGAGAAGAUGGACAGCACACUGCAGACUACCAGUCUUUUGCAGUGACCAUGGCCACGUCUUUGAUCAUUGUGGUCAGCGUGCAGAUAGCCUUGGAUACCAGCUAUUGGACUGUCAUUAACCAUGUCUUCAUCUGGGGCAGCAUAGCCACUUAUUUCUCCAUUUUAUUUACAAUGCACAGUAAUGGCAUCUUUGGCCUCUUCCCAAACCAGUUUCCGUUUGUUGGAAAUGCACGACAUUCCUUGACCCAGAAGUGCACCUGGCUUAUUAUUCUCUUAACAACAGUGGCUUCAGUUAUGCCUGUGGUGGCAUUCAGAUUUUUGAAGGUGGAUUUAUUCCCAGCUCUGAGUGAUCAGAUCCGCCAGUGGCAGAAGGCUCAAAAGAAGGCAAGGCCCAUGCGUAGCCGAAAGCCUCAGACUCGGAGAUCAAGCUCGCGAAGAUCUGGAUAUGCUUUUGCUCACCAAGAGGGCUACGGCGAGCUUAUCACAUCUGGAAAAAACAUGCGAGCUAAAAAUCCACCCCCAUCGUCAGGGUUGGAAAAGACACUGUAUAAUAGCACUAGCUGGAUUGAAAAUUUAUGUAAGAAAACCACAGACACAGUGAGCAGCUUUAGCCAGGAUAAAACAGUGAAACUGUGAGUCAAGAUGAAUUUGAACCACACAGUUAUCUUUUCACUUUGGCUGGAGCUGAAAUCAGCUGGCUCCAGGGUUUGGGGUCAGGGGCUAGGCUGGAGUAGAUGGCCUCACCUGUGGCAAACAGCAGCCAGUACACAUUGGAUAGAGAUGCACUCUACUGACAGCCUGGCCAGAGGGCACUGCCUAACUGAUGAGUUGGUGGAUAAAAGUCUCAAAAUACUAGCAAAGAUUUUUAUCGACCUAGAUACCAAUCAAUCUGUACUUUAGAAUCUCAUUUAUGGAGAAACACUUGUAAAUCUGUAUACACAGAGAAUGGAUCUUAAGCUGGAUAAAAGGAUACAUUCGCAAGGUAUAUAUCCCAGCUGUGAAAAGCAUCCUUGUGACACAUUAACACUUAUAUGUAAGGUCAGCUAUUUCCAAGAUAUAUGUUUAAGAUUUUAGAGGUGCACAUUGUACACGAAGGUGCUUUCAGACUUACCAGCAGCCUGUUACUCUCCAGUCUUGAUCUCUACCUGUGUGUUCAGUCAGAACAACAGAUCCCCUUCAUGCCUAAAGAGAAGAAAAACUUGCUGGUAUUCCACAUUUUUCUACUAGUCUGGAGACAAAGUAGACUGAACAUCUUUACAGUGGGUAGGCUGACAACUUGUUCACAUUUAUUCAAGAAAUUCUCAGGGACAUGUUCAUGAAAUGUCAAAGACAGACUCUAGAUAGAAAGUAUUCUAAGUACUUGUCAAUGACUUUUAUAACAAACUGAGUAGUUAUUUACUCUGUGUCAUCCAUAACUAUUGAUGGACUUGGCAAAGCACUGAAAUUUUACUUUGAUGAUAGUAUUUCAUGUAAUUAAUUAUAUCUGCAAAUACUUUUGAUAUUUCCAAUUUUGAAAAGUUCAGAGUUGAAACCAAACAAAUAAUCUCUUUCCUUGCUAUUGAAGUAUGCAGGUUGAGGUUGCUCCCCUGCCAUACUCGUAAUUCUAACAUAUGUGUUGAGUUUCUGGGGAUGCACCAGCCCAGAUUUCAGUCCACGUGUGAGUUGCCAGUGCAGUAUCUGUAAAAGGAUUCAGGCAUAUUCAUGUUCAAACUCCAGUUCUGUUCCUUACCUUUGUAACCUCUGGCAGGUAAUGUGCCUCCUCGGGGCUCAGUUUCUUCCUCUGUAAAAUGAGGAUAUUCUACCUACCUCAUGUGGUUGUUUGAGGAUUGUCAAAGCACAAAUUCUUAAAUCAUUAAAAACAAUUCUCAGUGAAUAGAUGAUUAGUUAAGUGCCAUUUAACUAAUCAGAAUAAGAGUUUGAAAAGAGCAAAUGUGAAGAACUGGAACUUAAGUAAUCAGUGGGAAAGGUCUUGAUGAAAUGAGACUGUAAAGUAAGAGCCUUACUUUGGUUCGUAUCGUAAAGGAAAAUAACCUUGGAGGUAUUUUUAUAUAACUUUAACCAUGAAGGUAAAUUUCUCUAUAAGAAAACAAAAAUCAUGUUUUAUCAAUUUUCUACAAAUCAGUUUCCAACUUUAUAGAAUAUUUAAUCUGGUCUUUAUUGAAUUAUUCAAGUUAUAUUUCUGGAGUCAGAUGGCCCUUGGUGAGCUUGAUGGAUAGUAGGCUAGCAAGAUAUUAAUGGAUCACACAAUCCUUUUUUUUUUUUUUUUUUUUUUGCUUUAAUUUCCACAUCUGGGAUAAGGUUUCCUGAAUGGGGUCAGAUGAGAUAUGUAUAAAAAAAGCCUAAUGCAGUGCUUUAAUCAUAGUUAAUACUUAUAGAUUUACCCUUUUCUCUUGCAUGCCUGCAUAGAUUUAUCCAGAUGUUAGUUUGUAGUGUCUAAUUUGUCAUUAGUUUCACUGUGUUUGCUUGCUUUUUGUAACAUUUUUGAAAGAUUUGAAAACUCUCAGUAAAUAUUUUGGCACUGUU